UAAAAAAUAAAGAAUAAAAACAAAUUUAAAAGGGAAAAAUAGUUUAGGUAACACAAAAACAAAGGUAAAAAGGAAAAAAAAAUAUUUCUUGACAAAGUGAUUAAAAGUGUUUUAUUUUAGUCUAAUUUUAAAAGCAAACUGAAUAAAAAUAAUUGUUUGAGUAAAUUUUAAAUAAAUGAUAUAUUUUUGAAGAAAAUAACACAAAAUAAAAGAAAUUAUAAAAAAAAAAAAGAAUAGUUUAGGUAACACAAAAACAAAGGUAAACGGGAUAAAGAAUAAGUUUAGGUAACACAAAAACAAAGGUAAACGGGAAAACUAUCUGGUGACCGUGAUCAAAAGUGUUUUUUAAAAAAAUUGAAAGAAAUGAAGAACAGAAGGGGAGUCUCGAACAUGAAUUGGGUGAGGCACCAAUCGUCAAGAAUUAGUCAGAAGAGCUAACACUUUCACUACGUGUUAUUGAGCAUGUGGCACGUGCCACACUUAUUAUGUAUGUGGAUCCGCCCCUGCUUACAAGGCUUGUUGAGCGUAUUAGGUGUCAUGAUUGUUAAAUAUUAGGACUAGAUAAUCGUGUCAAAGUGUAAGUCUGAGUCCCUGUACUUGUAGGUUUAACAUCACAUUAUCAAUGACUGACUUUCCUGUUGCUCACUAUCCCUUUACCCCUUUCGGGUGAGAUGGAGUAGUAGUUGGACGUUGAAUGCUUUUGUGCUACUUGGUAUUUUUAUUUUAUUUUCUUUCAAUUUUUUUUUGCUUAUUUCAGUUACUGUAGAUGUUAUUUAAUUAUUAAUAAAGUGUGAUUUAGGAUAAUUUGAAGAUACAUGAAAAAGCGUUAUUGUACGUGAUCCAACAUUCUCGAGAAAGGAUGUGAUGAGUGUUAUAUUCUUAAGCGGUGAUUUCUGAAUGACCCUCUCUUGCACGGCUAACUAUGUAUAUAUAUUGAUUAGUUUUGCCGGUUCAUUUUAUAUAUCUCUUCUAAUCGGUGCUCCUCACUUUUUGUUAUUUUUCUUCUUAAGUAUUCCUAUCUUGAGCCGGUCUAAAAUCUAAAAUGGGUCAUAUGAAGGGAAAGAAGCCCAUCUACAACAAAAUGGUUUUCAACAAUUUUAAAAAAUGUAAAAUGAGAUACAAACUCACAGUCACGAAAAAACAAAGACAAGGAUAAAAAAAUAUUUUAAAAAAAUAUCGUUUAACAGCAAAAAAAAAAUAUUUUCAAAAUUAUUGAAAUAAUCUCUAAAUUUUAGAAACAAUUACAAAAUAGAAAAGAAAUAAAAAAAUUAGAUAUAUCCAGUUAAAUAAAAGGAAAGAGGACCACAAAUAGUUGAAAAUAAAAUAUAUCAUAACUAAAAUGUAUAUUAUACAUAUAUGUUAAGAUUAUAUUGUAUACAGUGAAUCAUAGAUAAGUCAAAUUUUUAUUGAUUACUUUUAUCAAGGAAAAAACUAAUAUCCAAUUAUAGCUUGGUUCAUAUGGUAUGAGUAAUUUACUAAGAGGGUACCUUACACUUAGCAUAUAUAUCAUCUCAUAAAAGUAUUUGAUUUUCUGAAUUGUAAUAAUCUUUAUUAACAUAUAACAUUUUUACAUCUUUGUAAUAGUUAGACAUGUGUUCCAAUAGUCUGUCAAACUCCAAAAAAAAACAAAUCGUUUUCGGUUCGGAAAUUGUAAAAAAUAAUCCAACAAUUGUAAAUGUAACAUAAGAAGAAAUGUAAAAUAUUCUUUUUUUUUUGUUAAAAUUUAAAUAUCAUAUAAAAUAGAAAAAAAAACAAGGCGGAUCAAUAGAAUGUUUACUUUGUUUGAAUGACUAUAAAGUUUUGUUAGGGAUAAUUCAGACUAUGUUAAAUUAAAAUUAUCAUUUGAGGGUAAGCUUUUCACAAUGCGAUUUGAACCCAUCGUUUAUGUCUUUGAUUAUUUUUAUUUGUAACCUUUACUCGUUGGUAAAAUAUCUUAUUAUUGUGUGGAUAAAAGAGAUGAUGAAAUCUUUUUGUUCAUUAUCUUUAAUCUAUUACAUUUGUGACCCUCGUAUCUGUAUAAAACGAACCUAUUACAUAACGAGAACAAUAUAGUUUAUCUUUAAUUUUCACAUUCUCUAAACUUUCGGCUGUCGGUAUUUUUUCUCAGUUUCUUAAAAAUCCCAGUCAGUUAUGUCAAAUUGUAGCAUUGAACAACUGCAUGCUUUCUAUGUUCAAGAAAGACUGCUUUUCGUUAAAUUGGUACAAAAAUUUUCAAGAUCUCUAGCUGAGUCACUUCUUGUCAUGGCCACAUGGCUUUGGCUUGAAGACUUUGGCUUUGAGCACAUCUUCUCAGUCAUCAUGGCUCUCAACGAUCCACUCAUUGCAGCUCUUGCUAAUGAGGCUGUCUUAUGCUUCCGGUGUCUUGAAUCCGAAGAAGCUCCAAAUGGUUUCAGUCAGAUCCCUGUGAAUGCAGAAUUUAUGGAUAUAUCUCUUCAAAUAAUCUACCAAAAUCGAUACAGUGCCAUCACAGGAAUCAAAAACUUUUUAACCACUGUUUGCUCAAGAAUUUUCUCUGACAUCGUUCAACAAGUUAUCCCAUCCUCCUACAUCACUAGCCACAACCAGCCUCUCAUCAUUCCCGGGUUCCCGCAUCCAACUUUUGGGAGCAUCAACGUGAUGCCUAGUGUUGCUUCCUUGGAUAAUUUCUCCAGCAGAAAUGUAUUCCCUAUCCCUAGUGGUAUUUGGGGCUGGAAUGCUAGUUGCAUCGCAACUGAAAACGACCGGACCCUUUUUCUAACGUUUUCUCGUGGAUUCCCAGUAUCCGAAGCGGAAGUGAGGCUGGUCUUCACAGAAAUAUAUGGAGAAAACUGUGUUAAGGGCGUUCACAUGCCUAAGUACGGUGGAAACUUACCCAAUGAGAACUUGAAUAGUAAUCAGGAUGUUCAACAACAAUCACUAUAUGCGAGGCUGGUCUUGGAUUCAGUCGUUACUGUGGAUCGUAUACUUAUGGGCGGGAAGCCUAUUUGGGCUCGUAAGUUUGAAAAUAGAUACAGAAAAUAAAAAGAUGUCUAUUUAACUUGUUAAAGCGAAAAUAUUAUUAUCUUCUCUUUCCUUUUUCUGAUGCUAAAUCUCUUAUCUUAUGUCAUAAAUAAUCAUAUUGUUGGAUAUGCUGACAAAAAAAAGUUGUGUCGGAUAUCUUUCUUUCCUGUCUAAUCGAAAUAUUUUGAUUGGGAAUAAUGGACUACCCUCUAAAUAAACAUAACUCCAGUCUAAAGACACGGGCUAGAGGUCUUUGUCUUUUGAUCUAGAUAUUCCGCUCUUGCUCUCGUUUUACUCCACAAGUGGAUUUCUAGAUCUUCGAUCUUGCUCUGUCCCUUCCAGAAGGAACAAUUGUUUUAGCUAAUCUUGCUGUGUGUUAAUCGUUCUUCUCCUAUUAAUCUUUCUAGUGAGCGUGGGUUGGGUUUACUACCCUUCAGAUCUAUUUAUUUCCGAGAAACACUAUGAUGGAUUGAAUGAUUUGCAUGUUGAUAUUAAGCUCUCUUUGGCUCAUAUUUGGUUUCGAUCUUCAUCCUUGUCAAGUUCUCGAUCAACUUUGAACCUGUUUAUGAGUGGUUUCGGUCCUUGUGGUUUAUCUUAUGAUUUGAUCGAGAUCUACAUCUUCACAUCUUCCGUCAUGCUUCAAUUUUGCGUUUCAAGUCGGUUUUUCUCUAUCUGCGCCUUUCUGGUUGAUGUCUUAUGAACUAAAAGUGGUUCUGUCUCCUAGAGUAUGAAGCUUUAGUCUCUUAUUCGCUUGGAAUAUUCACUAUAGGAGGAUUCCCAAGAUGGUGGUUUUAACCAUGGUUGGCUCCCUCGUCUUGUCUCUAUCAAAAAGCUCUUCAUGCCUUGUUUUAUUUGAAACACUCUUUUUUUUUUUAAACACAAUCUUCAUGCCUUGUUUUAUUGAUUUUUGUUGGGUUUUUCUUUAUCUGUUCCUUGCUUCUGCCAGUUUGGAUCUGUUAGUUUAGAUUAUCUGCUUGUUCUAUGUUUCCAUAUUGUCCCAUUUGUGGACUUUCGUCUCUGAAGACCUUUGUGUAGGUUUGUCGGCUCUUGAUCGCCGGAAUUCAUGAAAUUGCAACAUUUUGUAACUGUUCUUGUUGAAUAUAAUCCCUUAUGUAUUAAAAAGGAAAAAGAUUACCAUUGUAAUAAAUGCGUUCACACUAUAAUAGACAAUUGACAGUUUCAUAAUGGUUUGAUAAUAAGUAUGCUAACGCGUUUACACUAUAGUCAUGAAUGUGUUUACACUAUAUACUUUUUAAUAUAAAACUCACGUACAUAGUUCCAAUAAAAUUCUAGAUUUUUUGGUUCAAAUUAAAAUAGAUAACGAAUCAAAAGUCAAACUAUAUAUAUAUAUAUUAUUUUUUAUAGUUCACGAAUAAAGUUGAGCAAAAUAUUCAUAAAUUUUGAUUCGAUUCGUUAUCUGUUUUGAUUUGAACCAAAAAAUCAGGAUAUCUAUAACUCUACGAAAAAAUCAGAUACUAAAAUACAAUAUCCAAAAAAGAGGCAAAUCACAAAUACCAA